AGGACUGCCCUUCACUUUGCAGUAGCUUGCACAAACAAAGAAGCUGUUAAGCUGCUGUUACAGCGAAGGGUCAAAGUGGACCAAAAGGACAAGUACGGCGUAGCACCCAUUCAUUUGGCUGCCUGGUUUGGCAGUUUGGACAUCCUGAAAUUAUUAGUGCAGGCUGGAGCAGAACAGAAGGCUGAAAACGAGGAAGGACUCAAUAUUUUGCACUGUGCUGCCAUCAACAACCAUACUGAAAUCGUAGACUACAUUGUAAAUGACCUGCAGAUGAAAGAACUUGACAAGGAUGACCUGUCAGGACACCGAGCAUUUGCACUGGCAGCAGAGCACGGGUGUGUUAAGAUGUUACAGGUGCUCAUGGAGCCAUACAACAUGGCCACCAUGAAGCCCAACAAGAGAGGGGACACGCCCCUGCACUUAGCUGCCAGGAACGGCCACUUGGAUGUCGUCCAACUGCUGCUGCAGAGCUUUGAUACUCGGGAUGAAGUCAAUAUGGAUGGUGAGACUGCUCUGUACCAGGCUGCAGACCACGGUCAGGAAGAAUGUGCUCAGGUCCUGCUGGAGGCCGGUUGUGACCCUAACAUACUCACAGUGGCCAAAUGCAGCGCUCUCCAUACAGUUGCAGAAAAAGGAGACGCGGCUCUUGUUCAAGUUCUCUUACAGUACAAUGCCCAGGCGGACUUUCAAAAUCAGGAUCUAGAGACACCUCUCCACCUGGCAGUGAAGAACAGUCACAUCCCUGUUAUCUACUACCUAUUGGAGGCUGGCUGCAAUAUCAAUGCCACAGAUAAGAGGUCCCAGACAGCUAUGCACAUUGCUGCUGAGACUGCCAAAGCUGAGGUUGUGGAAAUGCUUCUUAAAGCUGGGCCUGAUAUAACAGUCAAGGACCGGCAGGGUAAGACUGCUCUGGGUGUUGCAGCCAGAGCAGAUGAGGUAAACAUUGUGGACAUGAUCAUCAAAGCAGAACGAUACUAUGACCAGAAAAAGGCUAACCCUGAGCUUAAUGAGAUUGUUCGCACCGAGCAUGCACUGACGUUCAAAUUUGACCGCCGCAGUGAGAACAAGGAGCUGUAUUCGAUGGCUUGGCGCCUGGCGUACAAGCUGCUGAAACCAGGAGACUGGAAAAGACUGGCAACACACUGGGACUUUACUCAGGACCAAGUGUCUGCCAUCGAGGAGCAGUGGACAGGUCAGCACAGCUAUCAAGAGCAUGGGAACAGAAUGCUGCUGAUCUGGCUUCAUGGGGAGGAGCUGGCUCUGAAGGCCCCUGCUAAAGACCUCUACCAGGGCCUCAUCUGCACUGGGAACACGAAAACUGCAGAUAAGAUUCGACUGGAGGCAGAGCAAGUCAGCAGUAAAAGAUGUACCAUUUCAUGAAGAGGAACACUGCAGUAUUUACAAUGUUCGCACUGUCAACGAAGCAUCUCUACAGGACUACUGCAGUGAAAUAAUUUAUUUUAAAAAUAACGUUGUGCGUCACACAAUUAGCAUAUAGCUUUGGUUUCGUCAAGUAAACAACAUGUGCUGUUGGAUGGUCGCCUUGCAGUACACUUCAGUACACAGUUAUCUGUGCACAAUUUAAAGCAAAGUAAUAAAUGUUCAUUUUGGAAUUCUCUGAACUUUU